GAAGCAUUUCAUCCCGGUUUCUAGAUUCAGUUCGUUUUGCUAGCCGAACAGCAAGAAUGGAGGAGGCAAAAAACAAAGAGAAAAAACUGCCCGAAAAGACGGAGGAGAAGGAGAAAGAAAAAGGACAACAACCUACUGGGAAGGGCAAGGAGAAGAAAGAGGAGCAAGAAUUGUCUGAGGAGGACAAGCAGUUGCAGGAAGAGCUGGAGAUGAUGGUCGAGAGACUGAGUGAGAAGGACACAUCUCUCUACCGUCCUGCUCUAGAGGAACUCCGCAGACUGAUCCGUUCAUCCACCACUUCCAUGACCUCGGUCCCCAAGCCCUUGAAGUUCCUGCGCCCACACUACGCCAAGCUCAAGGAGAUCUACGAGGGCAUGGCACCCGGGGAAAACAAGCGUUUCUGUGGAGAUGUGGUGUCAGUCUUGGCCAUGACUAUGAGCGGCGAACGGGAGUGUCUCAAAUACCGUCUGCUAGGAUCCCAGGAGGAGCUGGCAUCUUGGGGACACGAAUACGUAAGGCACCUGGCAGGCGAGGUGGCCAAGGAGUGGCAGGACGUGGAUGACAGUGACAAGACCCAGCAGGAGACCCUGCUGAAGCUGGUGAAGGAGAUCGUCCCCUACAACAUGGCGCACAAUGCUGAGCACGAGGCCUGUGACCUGCUGAUGGAGAUCGAGAAGCUGGAGAUGCUGGAGCUCUACAUCGACGACACGGCCUACGCCAAGGUCUGCCUCUACCUCACCAGCUGUGUGAGCUACGUCCCAGAGCCAGAGAACUCUGCCCUGCUGAAAUGUGCCCUGAACAUAUUCCGGAAGUUUAACCGUUACCCAGAGGCCCUCAGGCUGGCACUGAUGCUCAACGACGUGGAGCUGGUGGAGAACAUCUUCACAUCCUGCAAGGACAUUGUGAUCCAGAAGGAGAUGGCCUUCAUGCUGGGCAGACACGGCAUGUUCCUGGAGCUGAACGAGGACGUGGAAGACUAUGAGGACCUGACUGAGAUCAUGUCCAACGUGCAGCUCAACAGUAACUUCCUGGCUCUGGCCAGAGAGUUGGACAUCAUGGAACCCAAAGUCCCUGACGACAUCUACAAAACUCACCUGGAGAACAACCGGUUUGGGGGUAGCGGCUCCCAGGUGGACUCGGCCCGUAUGAACCUGGCCUCCUCGUUUGUCAACGGCUUCGUCAACGCUGCCUUCGGACAGGACAAGCUGCUGACGGACGACGGCAACAAGUGGCUGUACAAGAACAAGGACCACGGUAUGCUGAGCGCGGCUGCUUCCCUGGGCAUGAUCCUGCUGUGGGACGUGGACGGAGGUCUGACCCAGAUCGACAAGUACCUCUACUCCUCCGAGGACUACAUCAAGUCCGGUGCCCUCCUGGCCUGCGGCAUCGUCAACUCCGGGGUGAGGAACGAGUGUGACCCGGCCUUGGCCCUGCUGUCCGACUACGUGCUGCACAACAGCAACGUCAUGAGGAUAGGAGCCAUCUUUGGACUGGGCCUGGCGUACGCCGGCUCCAACCGUGAAGACGUGCUGUCCCUGCUGCUGCCCGUCAUGGGAGACUCCAAGUCCAACAUGGAGGUGGCAGGCGUGACGGCGCUGGCGUGCGGCAUGAUCGCGGUGGGCUCGUGUAACGGGGACGUCACCUCCACCAUCGUCCAGACCAUCAUGGAGAAGAACGAGCAGGAGCUGAAGGACACGUACGCACGCUGGCUGCCCCUGGGGCUGGGGCUGAACCAUCUGGGUAAGGGGGAGGCCAUCGAGACCACCCUGGCUGCCUUGCAGGUGGUGCCCGAGCCCUUCCGUAGCUUCGCCAACACACUAGUGGACAUCUGUGCCUAUGCAGGCUCUGGGAACGUGCUGAAGGUGCAGCAGCUACUCCACAUCUGCAGCGAGCAUUACGAGGCCAAGGAGAAGGAGGAGGACAAGGACAAGAAGGACAAGAAAGACAAGGAGAAGAAGGAGACUGCUGCUGACAUGGGCUCCCAUCAGGGCGUGGCUGUGCUAGGUAUUGCACUCAUCGCUAUGGGAGAGGAGAUUGGCUCUGAGAUGGCUUUACGGACCUUCGGACACCUGCUGCGGUACGGCGAGCCCACUCUGAGGCGCGCUGUGCCCCUGGCCCUGGCCCUGAUCUCUGUGUCCAACCCUCGCCUCAACAUCCUGGACACGCUCAGCAAGUUCUCCCACGACGCCGACCCAGAGGUGUCCCACAACUCCAUCUUCGCCAUGGGCAUGGUCGGCAGCGGCACAAACAACGCCCGCCUGGCCGCCAUGCUUCGGCAGCUGGCACAGUACCACGCCAAAGACCCCAACAACCUCUUCAUGGUCAGACUGGCACAGGGUCUGACUCACCUGGGCAAAGGGACUUUGACUCUGUGUCCCUACCACAGUGACAGGCAGCUGAUGAGUCAGGUGGCAGUGGCUGGACUACUCACAGUCCUCGUCUCCUUCCUGGAUGUCAAGAACAUCAUCCUGGGUAAAUCCCACUACGUGCUGUACGGACUGGUAGCGGCCAUGCAGCCCCGUAUGCUGGUCACCUUCGACGAAGAGCUCCGCCCACUUCCUGUGUCGGUCAGAGUUGGACAGGCGGUGGACGUGGUGGGCCAGGCGGGUAAGCCCAAGGCCAUCACAGGCUUCCAGACCCACACCACGCCUGUGCUCCUGGCCCACGGAGAGAGGGCCGAGUUGGCAACUGAGGAGUACCUCCCCGUCACGCCCAUCCUGGAGGGAUUUGUCAUCCUGCGCAAGAACCCCAACUAUGACGCCUAGAACCCCCUCUGUCUCCCUUGACUGUUGACUGACUGGCAGCAGGGGGUAGCACUCCCUGGCUCUCAUUGGUCACUUAUAUUUUACUACUUUAUUCCAUGACUGAGGAGGGCCAGGAAGGAAGCGUGCCCCUUGUCUUUCAGUCUGUGGCUCUGACUCGAUCACCUCUGAAGAUGUUUGGUUGUGGUCAGGUUGGUUAGACUGAGACAGGGAGGGUAAAUUGGGACCUCACUGUACUUUGAUUGGUUAGCUCUUUUGUUGUGAUCUAGGACAAGCUCCUCAUCUGUCAUGUGUUCAGUUGGGUGACCAAUGCUCCAGUCGUCAGCUGAUCUGAGGACAGUGUGUGAGAGGUAGCUGUCUGCUCCUUCCUGCCUCCCUGUUCCUCCUUCAGCCAUGCAGUAGAUGACAUCGUAUCACCGCCGUUGCUCCUUUUUCCAACAUGUCUCCUCCUUUUGUAAUUACAGCAUGUAAAAAAAAAAAAAUGUUUUCAUCCAGUUUUUGUUUUGGUGGUUUUGUUACAGUACUGUAAAAGGUUUAAACAACAAAAAAAUGAUAAUAAAAGUUUCAAGUCGA